AUGUCGACGCGGCUUGAAAUUCCGGUAUUUGGUGCUGCCUCGGCGGCGACAGCUAUUUUAGCUGGGGCGUCCCGCAUCGAAUUGAACGCAGAGGGAUCGUAUGCGGACGGAGGCCUUACGCCAAGGAUCAAGGACAUUGCACAAUUGGAGUCUCUGGUGGUGCCAGUCAGAGUAAUGAUUCGACCGCGAGGUCCGCCCUCAUCAGGAGGUCUGGACUUUGUGUACUCGAGAGCAGAGUUGGACACCAUGGAACAGGCAAUCCGAGAUUUCAAGGCAUCUGGGAUGAUGAGCGAGCCAAGAGGCGAUGGCUUUGUCUUUGGCGUCUUGAAUGCGCCCAACGCGCAAGCAGUGGUCGGCACAGAUGCCUCGAGAAGCAGGCAUGCCGCGAUAGACGUGGACAGCUGCAGACGUCUGGUUAACGCUGCAAGACCUUUCAAGGCCGUUUUCCACCGUGCAUUCGACGAAGUCGUAGGACGAGCCUAUGACGCCGACACUCGGGCUUUGCUAUGGGAGUCCGGGCUAGGGGAUCUCAUAGCAGUCGGGUUUGACGGCAUACUGACAUCAGGCGGACUGGGGAACGCGCUGGAAAAUGUAGAGACGUUAGACCGCAUAUUCAGGAAGGCAGGGGACGGGGUUGAAGUCAUCAUCGGUGGUGGCAUUCGAAGCACAAAUGUUGGUCACAUUCGACGGACCUUGGGAUUGGGUAGCGGAACUACAACGUCUUGGAUGCACUCUUCCUGUAUUACUGUCAGUGGCUCCGAACAGGUAGAUGGUAAUGAGGUCAAGCGUAUCCUGGAGGAGCUACGCUAG